CGCGACGCCUUCCUCAUCCUCCUCGGCGCAUUCACCAUGCACAUCCUCUCCAUCCUCUCCGGCGGCUUCAACGACGGCACCAAGAACGAGAUCGUCGUCAGCACACACUUUAACUCGACAUGGCAGGUCCACGACAAGGAUCUGCGAUUUGACGAGCCAGAGCCGCAGCAGGCCCUCGACGAGCAGCUCCGAGUUAUCGAGACGGACACUCGGACGAAGGAUUCACCUCUCUCUGACACUGAGCCCAAGCCCGAGACGGAGAAGAAGACAGCUGACGUCUCCAAGGCGUCUUCUCUGCCGGCCACGACGCUUGCGCACCACGCGCCGGGCUGGACCAUCUUCCACGACGUUUACAUGUCCAACGGCACCCUCUUUGUCGUCACUGACGACGACCCCUCCGACUUCCCAGACCCCAUCUACAUUACUUCAACAGGUCUUCCUGCCGUCAACUCGGAGGAGAACAUCCGCGCAAGACUGCCGACCAAGUACGAGCUAGACUUCAUAUCUACCUCCGAAGCGCAGAAGCGAUGGGGGAAGAGAGCAGGCGAGGCAGAGAACCGGGUGUGGACAGUCCAAGGCAACACAGUGCUGUUCAACGACCCGGGAUCACAAUUCCUCGAUCACUACUACCACUUCGUCGCCGAACUGAUGUUCGGCACCUGGGCCUUCUGGUCAGGUGCCCAGUCCCAAUACGAAGCCCCGCGGAACCGCGACUCGCCUAUCUCGAACCUCUUCCUCGGCUCUCCCUCAUCCUCAUUCUCGUCUACAUCCUCGCCCUCCUCCAAGUCCGAUCCCUCCAUCCCCAUCUUCGACCGCGCGAUCUUCUCCCACGCCCUCUCCUCGCAAUGGCGCGACCGCCCGGGCUUCAACUCCUACUUCCUGCGCGCCGCCUUCCCCUCGCUGACCGUCGAAGUCCAGGAAGACUGGGAGGACCGCAUCAGGAGCACGCAGCCGCUGCGCGCCGGCGCGCUCUCGCCGUCGAGCGCGGCGCCGGACGCGCUGCUCGGCCGCGCGUACCACUUCCCCACGCUGAUGCUCGUCGACCGCAGCGCGGCGUUCAAGGGCCGCAUCUGCGGCGGCAUGAACCAGCGCACGGCGGCCGAGGCGUACUACUACAUGCGCGACCGCGGGCUGCUCCGGCUCAGCGGGCUCGAGUACGACUUUGCCUCGGAGACGCCCAAGUACGCGGCGCCGAAGGAGGGCGGGGCGUGGUGGGAGGAUGUGCGGAAACGGGUGGUGCAGUAUGCGGGUGCCGGUGCGCCGGAGCAUCGCGAGCUGCUGAGCAGCGAGAAGGGGGAUAUCGUGAUUACGUAUAUCUCGCGCCAGGGCGUGCGGAGGCGGUUGUUGGAACCCGACCAUGAGGGCUUGGUAGCGGCGCUCAAGGAGCUUGUGCAGAGGAAGAAUGCGGAGGGCGGACGGAAGUGGGAGGUGAAUGUCGUGCAGGCGGAGAAGCUGGACCGGGACGAGCAGGUUAGGCUAGCGAGUCGGACCACGGUGAUGCUGGGCGUGCACGGCAAUGGCCUCUCGCACCUCAUCCUCAUGCCGGUAUCGGAGCGGUCGACAGUGGUCGAGAUCUUCUACCCGCAAGGGUUCGCGCACGACUACGAGUGGACUUCAAGGGCGCUCGGACACAGGCAUUUCGCUGUCUGGAACGACACCGGGUAUACGUGGCCGAACCAGCCGAAGGUCGACUACCCAGAGGGAUUUCAGGGCACGGAGAUCCCAGUGCAUGGGCCUUCGGUGGCGAAGUUGAUUGAAGACAGGAUCGAGGGGCGCAUU